AUGGAGAUGAUCUAUGAGAACCUAAACCUUAAUAUUACUGCUCUAUGUCUGUCAUCUUCAGGAAGUGAGCGUGUAAGGAAGAUAAGUUACAGAUCAGUUAAAGUGUGUUUGGUGCUGCUGUUUGUUCUUCUACUGACUGCAAUCAUAGUGCUGUGUGUCCUCAUCAAAACAAAAAAACAACAAUUUAACAUCAAGACCAAAAACAUCAAAGAGGAGAGAGACCAGCUACUAACCAACAAUACCAACCUUACAGAAGAGAGAGACCAGCUACUAACCAAAUAUACCAACCUCACAGAAGAGAGAGAUGAAUUAAUGGCCAAAUACAAAAAUAUUACUAAACAAAUUGAACAACUGAAUCAGGAGAAAAAUGAGCUGCGGACACGUUUUAAUGAUGGAUGGAUUUACUAUCAAUUCAGUUUGUACUUCAUUUCAUCUGAGAAUAAGACCUGGAAUGACAGCAGAAGAUACUGUAGAGAGAGAGGAGCAGAUCUGAUCAUCAUUAACAACACAGCCGAACAAGAUUUUGUUCAGAAAAUGUCUGGUACAGAAUACAUCUGGAUUGGUUUGUCUAACAGUAAUGAGGAGAGCAGAUGGAAAUGGGUUGAUAACAGCACACUGAUCUCUGGUUUCAGAUUCUGGGGGUCUGGAGAACCCAAUGGUGAUAGAAGAGAGAACUGUGCUCUGAUACGUUCAUCAGGUUGGGCUGAUUUCCCCUGCAAUGAUGCUUAUAAAUACAUCUGUGAAAAGAACAUUUUAAAAUAAGUUGUUAAAUGAAAUACAUGUUAAUUCAGUAACCAUUUCUAUAUUGUGAUGCAAUUUUUUUUUUUUGUUUAAAUGUAUAAUUGGAUAUAUUC